AUGCAGAAAAUCCAUUCAUCUCUUUUCAGAUCCCUCUUUUCUCCACAAUCUAAUUGGAACUAUUUGAUUUCCUUCAAUCCGCACCAGUUAUUUCUAUCUCAUACAUGGCAGGGUUUCUCAGUUAGAAAUCAAUUGUAUUUCGGGUUGGGAAAUCCGGCAAGGUCAUGCUCGAAUCAUAAGCAAGUGUUCCUACUUGAGCCGUUAGGGCUGGUUAUGGAUGGAAGAGGAGCAAAUGGGAGAAGUUGGGAAUGGUGGAUAUUUUUGUUAUUUAUGGGUUAUGAGGCACGUGGUUUGUUGUGGUUAAGUGUUAUUGUUGGACAUGAUGCUUUGAUUGGAAGAUUAGGUUUAAUCCCAUUUGGUUUUCGAUUGAAGGGCACAACAAUGCAUUCGUUCGGGUACAGAGCCAAUGCCUUGCUCACCUUCGCCAUCACUAUUCUCGCACUAAUGUGUGCCAUGGCCUCUUUCUCCGACAACUUCAAUACGCCGUCUCCCACCUCACAAGUCCAAGUGUUGAACAUUAAUUGGUUCCAGAAGAAACCGGAUGGUGAUGAUGAGGUGAGCUUGACAUUGAACAUAUCAGCAAACUUAGAUUCACUAUUUACGUGGAAUACAAAGCAGGUCUUUGUAUUUUUGGCUGCUGAAUAUGAAACUUCUACAAAUGUGCUUAAUCAGGUAUCUUUAUGGGAUGGCAUUAUACCUUCCAAAGAACACGCUAAGUUCUGGAUUCACACAACUAACAAGUAUCGUUUUAUUGAUCAAGGAAGCAAUCUAAGGGGCAAAGACUUUAACUUAACACUGCAUUGGCAUGUCAUGCCUAAAACGGGCAAGAUGUUUGCAGACAAAAUAGUCAUGAGUGGCUACCGUUUGCCACAAGAAUAUAGAUGAAAAUUAUUUUCUCGUGACCACACAAAAGGUUAGGUUGGUAUGUAUGAGUUACGAGCACUUGAGGACUAAACGAGAAAAGCAAAGGUGAAGUUAAUUAAUACUGAAGACGAAACUAUUCAAUGGAUUUCAAUCUCUUGUAGGAUCUAUAAUUUAAAACCUCUGAAAAACUUCACCUCAAUGUUGGGCUAUAUGGUUUACCUGAAUUUUUUGGCUGUGAUGAAAAGUGAUAACCUUUGACCUUUAAGACUAUAUGCGUUUUGAUGAUUGUUUGAAAAGUGAUAACAUUAAAUGCUUUUUGAUGAUUGUUACCUUUGAAGCUUUACUUGAUAAUAAAUUCGUAACACGGAAUGGAAAUUGGGUUAGAUUAUCAUUACUUUGGCAUUAAAUAGGAUGCUCGAGCUAAUGGAAAU